AUGAAGUGGCCUGCCUUGCCAGCCCGAGCUGGCUACCUUGGUCUCAGGAAUCCGAAACGACGAAAUGCAUUAUCCCUGGCAGUCCUGAGAGAUCUACGGGAUCAGCUCCUUAGAUACAAUACUUCGCCGGCUGAUGGCAAGCUUCGAAUACUUCCACCAUUCCAACCGGAGUUACUGGAUGAGCUCGAGAGUGCCGCCAAACAUCAUGACACACCAGCAAUGGAAAAGUACGGCUGGCUACUUAAUUCCGCUGAAUGGCAGAAACAUCGGCGAGGCCUGCCUAAUGUUGUCGUCCUUCGCAGUGAAGGGCCGGUCUUCUGUUCAGGGCAUGAUUUGGGAGAAUUGAGUUCUCUUAGUCACGACAGAGUCAAAGAAACGUUUCAACUUUGCGGCGAAAUCAUGUCUUUGAUCCGACGUUCCCCGGCGCCGGUGGUUGGGGUUAUUCAAGGACUCGCCACGGCUGCCGGAGCACAACUGGCUCUCACCACCGAUCUACCUAUUGCUUCUGCUAGCACACAAUUUCGAUUGCCAGGGGCAAGUAUAGGGCUGCCGUGCACCUCGCCGUCGACAGCUGUGUGCCGCCGACUUGGGCCCGCGUUCACCUACAAAAUGCUUGCUCUGGCCGAAUCGGUGCGUGCGGAUCAAUUACCUGGAGGAGCCGUCGAUAUUGUGGCAGAUGAAACUGCGCUUGAGAAAAGGGUCGAACAGAUAAUCAAGCGGUUGGCAGAAAACACUGCCGCCCAGCCACAAGCUCUAGGCAAAUGGGCAUACUGGACGCAACUGUCUUUGACCGGACAGCGAUCCGGCGGUGACGGGUACGAAGACGCUGUGCAGUGGGCUGGAAGGGUCAUGGCUCUUCAUGCCAGAGCUGACGACGCGAAGGAGGGUAUACAUGCUUUUCUUGAGAAGCGAGAGCCGAAAUGGAAGCUGUGA